UUUUAAAGUUUUACUCUGCCAGCUUUCUGCUUCAAUAAGCUAGGUUAUUUCUCGCCAAAUUGAGGAAUUUUGAGAAUUUGACGCGUCAGUGACAAAUUCCAGAUUUCAAUUCCAGAUUUGUAUAAAUUGGUGACUCGUGUGAUGAUUCUGUCUUUUCCUUCGAGCCGCUUUAUUGUAAGGAGUACUUGACCGCGUGAGUUCAUCACUAAUAUACACUGCCCGAUCGAUAUGGAACUCAGUGAAAAGAUCACAGAUCUAACAGUGAGUGAGUUGGGAGAGUUGUUGGAGUCCCGUGGUUUGGACAAAGAAAUCGUCAAAGCUUUCAAAGGUAAAUCUUAAGCUUACGUUAGCCUAUUGGUAUAUAGAGAAGUUAGAGAUGUGCAUGGCGGUCCAUCUCAAACAACUGCAAACAAAGCUCAUGUGUUUCAGAACUCAUCUUAUCUCCUUCAAAUGCCAACUAAUUUCUUAUGGUUUAUUUUAAGAUGCUGAAAUCGACGGGAAAUUGAGUGGAAAUCGGGGACAUGUUGAAGUCCCUCAAACRGAAGCGCGCCGCCAUUAGCGCGUGGGUAGAAAUAACUGGCAAGACUUUUGACGAUGAAGGACAGCCAGCAGCAAGAAGCCUGCCUAGGAAAAGGCCUGUUCCAGCUAUCUUGGAAUCUGAUGACGAAGAUGGUGAAAAUGAUACGACUUCGAAUAUGACAAACAGCUCCUCCGGCUCGUCCAACUCGUCUGCUGCCGUUUUUGAUGUAGACAGCUCUAAAACGUCUACGCCCAAGGCCAAGCGUCCAAGGAACACUCCGAUGCCUUCUAAUUCGAGUUAUCAGGAUCAAGAUCACAAAAUCUCAAUUAAUAAAGAA